AUGCCUCCAGGAGACGCACGCAAGAGUUGCACGUCAUGUUUGAACGAAAAGAAGGACGGUCGAUCCGCACAGUCUCGGGCAAAGAAAAUGAAGACCAACAAGUGCACCAAGUGCCCGAACGAUUUGGACCCACAUCCAUCUGAGGCUAGGUACCGACGGUGUAGGCGAUGUCGCGAAGAAACGACUAGGACCCAACGACGACAAGGCGUCAAACCUAAGACCGGACAAGACGUGCUCUGUCCCCUCUGCGACGGAGUAAUGAUCGACGCUCGAUAUGAGAGUUGUGAGGUAUGCAGAUUCGGACCGAGAGUUAUCACUUUGAGCGGGCGUCGAUGCAAAGAUCGGAAGUCUCCAUCACCUCCACCAAACCAAGGUAGCACUGGCGGCAAUGUCACUGCUGCGGGGAUGAAUGGGCAUACUACUACGCCGUAUGUAUACCCAGAUCUACCACCUCCUUCCGCGACGUUUUACUCCCCAUCUCUUUCAUCUACAUCCCAGAAUCACAACUACAACACCCCAUCCAAUGCCUCAGGCACCAAUCUCUCCCUAACACCGCUAUCGUCCGCCCGCUCAUUCAGCUCGGACUCUCCCCAUACAUCUUGGAACGGCACGCCUUACUCUGCUUACGGGAAACAAGCCCCUCUUCCACCGCCAGACUCUCCACCCGGAUCAAGAUUAUCGCCCAUCCAUACUCGCACUAUUUCUGGUUCGGGAAGGCUGUAUAGCAGCAAUAUCAAUCCAUACCCCCAAUCAGCCUCCGCCCCGACGUACUCACAUCCUCUUCCAUACGACCCCGAUUGCGGUGGAACCAGUACCUUCAAUUAUGUGGCGGAUUCUGGCCUCAGGGCCAGUCCUAUUUCUUUCUCCACCCCUCUGCUAUCCAUAGCUCUCCCCGACGAGGACGACUCCCAAUAUAUCGAUUACGAUUACGAUCCUGCUAUUGCCACUGCUACCACCACUACAAGUUACCAAUCCCAAAACUCGCCAGUGGAUAGCAUUGAUCCAAUGUACCAAGAACAGCCGGUGCUCCUGCAACGAAGCUCCGUCGUGUGCCAGAGCGAUCAUGAUGCAGAAGUAGGAGGCAUACGUUCGCCCUCUUCGUAUGCCAUAUCAUCGAUAUCAGAUAUUAGCCAUGGUGGCGUGGAAGUAGGCCUGGACAAUCCCAACGGAACAACCUACGCCUCGGGCUAA